GAUGGACAUAAUAAUGAUAAUUUUAUUUGUAAAAUGCUUAUGAAAUGGUACAAUCCUUAUGCCCACUCCCAGAUCAACCCCUUUCCCCCAGGCCUAUACCUAGUCUUGGUCUUGAAUAUAGACCACAAUUUAGUCAGAUCUGGAUUGGAAAAAAGCCUGCAUUGCGGAGGUCUCCUCUGCUCAGUUACUGAUGUUUCUAUGACUGCUAUGCUGGCCUCUCAGUUACUGAGGUUUCUAUGACUGCUAUGCUGGCCUCUCAGUUACUGAGGUUUCUAUGACUGCUAUGCUGGCCUCUCAGUUACUGAGGUUUCUAUGACUGCUAUGCUGGCCUCUCAGUUACUGAGGUUUCUAUGACUGCUAUGCUGGCCUCUCAGUUACUGAGGUUUCUAUGACUGCUAUGCUGGCCUCUCAGUUACUGAGGUUUCUAUGACUGCUAUGCUGGCCUCUCAGUUACUGAGGUUUCUAUGACUGCUAUGCUGGCCUCUCAGUUACUGAUGUUUCUAUGACUGCUAUGCUGGCCUCUCAGUUACUGAGGUUUCUAUGACUGCUAUGCUGGCCUCUCAGUUACUGAGGUUUUUAUGACUGCUAUGCUGGCCUCUCAGUUACUGAUGUUUCUAUGACUGCUAUGCUGGCCUCUCAGUUACUGAGGUUUCUAUGACUGCUAUGCUGGCCUCUCAGUUACUGAUGUUUCUAUGACUGCUAUGCUGGCCUCUCAGUUACUGAUGUUUCUAUGACUGCUAUGCUGGCCUCUCAGUUACUGAGGUUUCUAUGACUGCUAUGCUGGCCUCUCAGUUACUGAUGUUUCUAUGACUGCUAUGCUGGCCUCUCAGUUACUGAGGUGUCAUCGUUGCAUGGUAGUGAUGGCCUCUCAGUUACUGAGGUGUCAUCGUUGCAUGGUAGUGAUGGCCUCUCAGUUACUGAGGUUUCAUCGUUGCGUGGUAGUGAUGGCCUCUCAGUUACUGAGGUUUCAUCGUUGCGUGGUAGUGAUGGCCUCUCAGUUACUGAGGUUUCAUCGUUGCGUGGUAGUGAUGGCCUCUCAGUUACUGAGGUUUCAUCGUUGCGUGGUAGUGAUGGCCUCUCAGUUACUGAGGUGUCAUCGUUGCGUGGUAGUGAUGGCCUCUCAGUUACUGAGGUUUCAUCGUUGCGUGGUAGUGAUGGCCUCUCAGUUACUGAGGUGUCAUCGUUGCGUGGUAGUGAUGGCCUCUCAGUUACUGAGGUUUCAUCGUUGCGUGGUAGUGAUGGCCUCUCAGUUACUGAGGUUUCAUCGUUGCGUGGUAGUGAUGGCCUCUCAGUUACUGAGGUUUCAUCGUUGCGUGGUAGUGAUGGCCUCUCAGUUACUGAGGUGUCAUCGUUGCAUGGUAGUGAUGGCCUCUCAGUUACUGAGGUGUCAUCGUUGCGUGGUAGUGAUGGCCUGUCAGUUACUGAGGUGUCAUCGUUGCAUGGUAGUGAUGGCCUCUCAGUUACUGAGGUGUCAUCGUUGCGUGGUAGUGAUGGCCUGUCAGUUACUGAGGUUUCAUCGUUGCAUGGUAGUGAUGGCCUCUCAGUUACUGAGGUUUCAUCGUUGCAUGGUAGUGAUGGCCUCUCAGUUACUGAGGUUUCAUCGUUGCGUGGUAGUGAUGGCCUGUCAGUUACUGAGGUUUCAUCGUUGCGUGGUAGUGAUGGCCUCUCAGUUACUGAGGUGUCAUCGUUGCGUGGUAGUGAUGGCCUCUCAGUUACUGAGGUUUCAUCGUUGCAUGGUAGUGAUGGCCUGUCAGUUACUGAGGUUUCUAUGACUGCUAUGCUGGCCUCUCAGUUACUGAGGUUUCAUCGUUGCGUGGUAGUGAUGGCCUGUCAGUUACUGAGGUUUCAUCGUUGCAUGGUAGUGAUGGCCUGUCAGUUACUGAGGUUUCUAUGACUGCUAUGCUGGCCUCUCAGUUACUGAGGUUUCUAUGACUGCUAUGCUGGCCUCUCAGUUACUGAGGUUUCUAUGACUGCUAUGCUGGCCUCUCAGUUACUGAGGUUUCUAUGACUGCUAUGCUGGCCUCUCAGUUACUGAGGUUUCUAUGACUGCUAUGCUGGCCUCUCAGUUACUGAUGUUUCUAUGACUGCUAUGCUGGCCUCUCAGUUACUGAUGUUUCUAUGACUGCUAUGCUGGCCUCUCAGUUACUGAGGUUUCAUCGUUGCAUGGUAGUGAUGGCCUGUCAGUUACUGAGGUGUCAUCGUUGCGUGGUAGUGAUGGCCUCUCAGUUACUGAGGUUUCAUCGUUGCGUGGUAGUGAUGGCCUGUCAGUUACUGAGGUUUCAUCGUUGCGUGGUAGUGAUGGCCUGUCAGUUACUGAGGUUUCAUCGUUGCAUGGUAGUGAUGGCCUGUCAGUUACUGAGGUGUCAUCGUUGCAUGGUAGUGAUGGCCUGUCAGUUACUGAGGUUUCAUCGUUGCAUGGUAGUGAUGGCCUGUCAGUUACUGAGGUGUCAUCGUUGCAUGGUAGUGAUGGCCUGUCAGUUACUGAGGUUUCAUCGUUGCAUGGUAGUGAUGGCCUGUCAGUUACUGAGGUUUCAUCGUUGCGUGGUAGUGAUGGCACUGUUG